AUGAUGUCGGACCAGAGGUUUUUCGCCACGACUUCUUUGUCCCUUCGCGAUGAGAAGAGACUCGAGGACGGCGGGGUAUCAGCGAGCAGAAGAAGCACCAUUGAAGGAGCAUCAAGGACCAGUACUCGUUUAGAUGGUUGGGCAACCGAAGACUCCAGGAUACUAGGGCUUCUGGUAUCGUUCUUGUCACCAUCCCAUCAACUAACUCAUGAAUUUCUCCACCGCGGAGGCUCACCUCGGAAACGCUGGGCUCUGGACGGCGGUAUUACGGAGGUGGACGCCACGACUACAAACCUCUCUCCUGAGCUUACUCGCCUGCUCUCUGAUUCUGCAAGGCUCAGCCAUGCACUCGACGACCUGUCAACAGCCUUCUUGAAGAAGUCCGAUCAGGCCUACUUCUUAAACGACGAGGCCGUCAGUCGUAUCCACCAGGACCUGUCCACAAAUGCGCUGCUUUUCUGGAAAACACAGGCCUUGAUUGUUGCGUAUAGAGCCAGCUCUUGGAAGUACAUCGAGCCCAGCAACUUCGAUGUUUCUUCAGUCUUGCCACACCUUCAGUUUGCUGCACAAAAUCAUAAGGACUGCUUCGAGAAUCUGAGCGCUGAUACUCGAGCCGACUUUAUUCUUACACUUCUUGAAGCGUCACGAUUUCCAACCAUGGUAUGGAAACGCUUCGCAGUCGCUGAAGCCGCCGCAAACAUGCGGAGUUUAAAUCACAGCCAGGCUGAGAUUUGGCACCUCUCAUCUUGUCUCAGUUCGACACAAGCUAUGCUGCGCCGGCUUGAUGGCGAGCACCCAGCCGCUGUAAUGAUCCUUGAUACAUUUCUCCGUCAACAGCAGCCAAACACCCUUACUCAUAGGGCGAACGCUGCCAUGGGACACAUAAUGCUCCAGCGUGCCCUCAACUGCUUGCAGGUCAAUGACCUCUCCCAAGCUAAGCAGCUUCUAGAGACGUGGAGUCCUCUCGACAAGCAGCCCUCGCUCAUGGAGCAAGUUGUUCGGUUUCGUAAGGGCAUGAUGCUCGGAAGAACCUUGAGAAUUCAGGGCAUGUUCUCUGAAGCGCACACGCAUCUGAAGUGGUCUUAUGACUUGAUUGAUCAACUCCCAGACCUCAAUUUCGAUGACGAUCGACGCGACCUUACAGUUGAGAUGGCGGAUACAUUGCGAGAGCUCGACAAGCCCCAAGCUGCCGAGGAGUACCUGCGGAAAGAACUCGCACGUCGGGUGGUGGACAAGCAAGAAGUGCCUGCUUCAGGAAAGUCAUUGCUGGAGUCGUCUCUAGCGGAAGUGCUGUUCGCGCAGGGGCGAAUCGAAGAGGCGGAACGCCUCUGUAUCGAGACCGAGGCUCGUGCGGAUAACCUCAUGAAACUCGGCAAAUUGCGUGUCUGUAUCGUGCUGGCCAAGAUAUACCACACGAGGUCUGAGCAUGAGAGAGCGCUCCGAUAUUGGAACGAGGCCAUGAAGCAGGUUGUGAGGUUCCCGGGGGCGAUCUGGAGGGAUGAUAUAUUGGAUAGCUGGGAUGCGGCACUGGCAGGACUAUCUGGACUCGGAGACAACACGGAGUCGGAUCUCUACGAAGCAAAACGCACGAGUUCGAUCAAAUCAAGAGCCACUCGCUACGGAAAACAUAUGGCAUGA